AUGUCAGCCUAUAUGCGACACAGCGACACUGGCGAUUUCGUACAGGAUGGGCGGUUUGGAAUGCAUGCCUUGUGGCUAGUUAUAUGUCGCGCCUGUAAGAAAAGUGUCGCUGUGGCUGUUCUCGAUGUUGGCCACUUUAUUCGGCAUCGCGCAUAUAAGCUGCCCGUGGUCAAGCUAUACACAAGUCUCCUUGAGUCGGGUGACCGAUCUCUGCGCCACUGCGGGGCUGCAGGUAUCAGUCAGAUGGCCGUAGACUGCAAGGGACGAGAGAUAUUGCUAGCGCAGGAUCCGGAACGGCGUGUCAUACAACGGCUUAGUCGGAGUGUGCCUACUAGCUUGCAGGGCACCCAGGGCGACGGUACCACGUCUGCGCUGCUGCAGUCGCUGGACAUGCUAACUGCAUCGUCGAGCUACGCACAGUGUGUACUUGUUCAGGGGGGUGGGCUGGAGACGCUCGUUGCAGUGCUGCGAAAGACAACCGAUGUGGACGUGGCAGCGACGGUGGUAGCAGUGCUGCGCAAUGCGUCUAUGGAAGCCUCCAACAACACACAGGCACAUAUGUUGCGGAGAGAUUACAGUUUGGUGUACACACUGACGGCGUUCUUGGUUUGGUCGGCGAAGGUGCGUGAGCAGGCCACGACUAGAAAAAUGGCCACAACGGGGCAGCCGUCUAUUGAAGAUGCCGCGGCGCUUGUUCAGCCCGAGUAUGUGGUGUAUCUCCCUCCCUCUACGGGUUCAUCCGGUGGUCUCAGCACAGGCACUGGCACUGGCAAGGGCAAGGGCAACGGUUACUCGUCGUCGACCCGAACGGUUAUUGCGCCUGGUUUCUUCGGAGCCUCGUCCCACCGCACCAAUAGAGCGAAUGCUCCGCAGGAGACACGCUCAGCCACAGCAAUGGCCACACACGGGCUGGCGGUGGGGUCAGAGUCAGAGUCAGAGUCUGGGGGUGACGGUGUGGGUGUGGGCGUGGGCGUGGGCGUGGGUGUGGGUGUGGGUGUGGAGGCGUGCGAGAGUGAGAGUGAGACGCACCCAGGAACCACACAGUCGGGUGUGCGUAUGGGGGGUAGUGCAGAGAUAAGUGGCGAGGGCCCGUCCAGCGUGGCUGUGGCUGUGGCUGUGGCUGUCGGUAGCCGUGCGGAGGAGAGCGGCGCUGCUGGCACACCUGCAGCCGUGGGAGACCAGGCUACAGCACACCACACUCUCGACACAGCUGAGGUGGAAACACAGGCGCAAGUGGGGGCUGAACACAGAAAGGGUGAGGGUGAGGGUGUGGUGUUUGACGAUCUGAGAGCUGGUUAUGUGACGCCGGCGGUGGUGGCUGUGUCAUGCACCUUCUCGCCCGAGGGCAUGAUUGAGAGUGCCUGGUCGUCUGCUCUGAUGAGUGAGCAGGGCCAGGAAGCCUUCGCGCUCUCGCAUCUCGAGGCGAGUGCGUGCGCGUGUCUCAGAAACCUGCUGGAAGUGCCUGAUCUCUGUGCCGUGGUGCUGCCCCCGCCUGGCUGGCAAUUCACGUCUGACUUUAUGUUCGGCGGACACGCGGGGGCGCCGGCGCCGCCGCGAGUGUGUACGCGUACACGACCACACACACCGAGGUCACCACGCCCACCCCCCCCACACGCCACUAGUCCCAACAAGGGCGAAGGGGAGCCCCACACCCACGUGCACACCCCCACGCUCGAUGCCUUGCAAGAGGCGCUGGGGGCGUUGAGUGUGGCGUGUGUGGGUCGGUCAUCGGUCAGGAGGAUGGUUUGUGGUGCGGAUAAUGGGCGUAUGGUGCAAGGGCUGGUGAGCCUGGCAUUCUCGACGCUCAGUGACGGGGUUGGGCUGGCGUGUAUGGUGCUGUUGCUGGUGCUGCUGGUGGAAGCGGAUUGGACUGCGACCAAGACAAUUGAGCAGCAAGUAGACUAUACAGUGCUGGAUGCUCUACUGGACACCAACUCAGGUGCCUUCGGUAUUCUGAAGCUCGUGGACGCGUUCAUCCUGUCUGAUGUGGAGGGCAAGCGUUCCGUGGGCAUCGUGAUGCUAUCCUAUCUUUGUCGAGAUGUGGAUGCUAGACGUGACAUCAUGUCGUCGGGGGUCUACGCACAUGUACGCGAGCAACAGCGCGUGAACCCAGGAGCGUUCGACAAGGAUACGAAUGACAUAGUAGCGUCUAUCAUCGCUCAGGUUACACACAGUAACUUGCCGGAGAAGCCCUCGUCCGAAACACACACACACACAGAUACAACCCCAGCAUUACAGACGGAUACAGAUGUAGGUCUCACUCCGAGCAUGGGUUCAGAGACCCCGUGCGCCGGUGUGGACAGUGCUCUCGCCACGACAGGGGCGGACACACGCGCGAACACGUCUAUACUCAACGGGACAACACAUGACACAGAUAGGGCAAGUACGCACGCACCGGCACACACGGAGCCACGGCCAGUGCAGCGCCAGAAGGGAUCGGGCGGGCCUGAACAUACGGAGGCUUGCCAGAGCGCUAAGUCGAUACUAAAGCCGUUCCUGAGCCGUACCUGUGUCCAGCGUGGGCAUAGCGCGACGCCAGAGACACGUACGACAAACACACGGCUAAAUACGCGGUACAGCUAUGGCAAGCAAAAGCAGACGCAUAGGAGGGGAAGCCCCGGGUUGGGUGCUUGGGGUCCGGAGACCAUUGCGCACGGGCCGCUGUCACUGGUGGAUGCACCUCAGAGGGCUCGGAGGGACCGGAGGAGUAGUCGGCUUGCGUCUCAUUCUAGUGCUACGUAUAGUGGCUGUAGCAGUAGGACGGCCCAGGGCAUUGAAGAUGGGAGUGAUAGUGAAAGCGGGACGGAUAGCGGGACAGAGGUGGAGAGUGGUGCAGGUGGCGGGUCAUCGGAUGAGGAUGAGGCGGAUAUGGGGAGGGGUAAAACAAUGGCAACUGCAUAUAGGCCACGGGAGAGCAGGAUAUGUGGGGGUGGGCGAGGGAACAUUGCCCCACGAGAAGGAAGCACUAGCAGGAAUAGUAGCGAGUGGGAUGUGCGUGCUGUAGACAGGUUAGUGGGGCACUCUCAGUCGGCGGGGGCUGUGGGGCAACCCCGAGCCACGCCACCCAUGGAGAGUAGCACAGGCAGGAGGAGGCAGGGGCACGACAGGGAACGAGGGGUGAGGUUAGAACUAGAGACAAGAUAG